ACAUCUUAUUCCAUUAGGUGGUCCUUAAACGCUAACCUAAACGAAAACUCAUUAAAUUUUAUUAAAGUUUCUGAAGUUUAUUCUGUGCAGAAAUGGCAGACAUUACUUUUCGUUUGCGAUCAUUAGGUGUUGCUACUGAGGGUUUGCCUGACCAAUAUGCCGAUGGAAAAGCUGCAAAAGUUUGGGAAAUCUACAUUGGCGAAAAGAACGAUCGCACAAAACAUUACCGAGAUUUCUUAGUCAAUCUUUUGAAUGAUCACAACUGUAGCCAUAUACUGGAUGUCGCUUGUGGAACAGGGAUUGAUUCCAUACUACUGUUAGAAGAAGGCUUUAAAGUUAUGAGUGUAGAUGCCAGUGACAAAAUGCUGAAGUACGCUUUGAAAGAGCGUUGGAAUCGGAGAAAUGAGCCUGCUUUCAACAGCUGGGUUAUUGAAGAAGCCAAUUGGCUGACUCUGCCAGACGAUAUUGUAAAGCCAGAUGGUGGGUUUGAUGCUGUCAUCUGUCUGGGAAAUUCUUUCGCUCAUUUAUUUGAUUUGAAGGGUGAUAUGUCCGACAUCAAAUUGGCGAUUAAAAAUUUCCACGAAAUGAUCAAACCGAAUGGAUAUCUUCUCAUUGACCAUCGUAACUAUGAUUACACUUUGAAACAUGGAAAGACCCCAGCAAAAAGUAUUUAUUACAAUAGCAAACAUAUUAAAGGUAUUCAGACGUCUAGGCUGUUCGUUGGAGAUAAACCUACAAUGGUAAUGCUCGACUAUAUAAUAGAUAUUUCUGACUUAGUGGAUAGUUUUGACAGAACCGAUUCAGAAUACACCAAGAAAGGACGUUAUCAUGGAAUUCCGGUGGAUCAUUUUAGGUUGUCAUAUUAUCCCCACCGAUUGGAUUCGUUUACGGCAAUACUGAAGGAAGUAUUUGGAGAAGACACUCACCACGAAGUUUAUGGAGAUUUCAAACCCUUGGAAGAGGAAGAAGAUCCUGCAUUUUACAUCCAUUUCAUUCAGAAAAAAGCAGAGUAAAUAUUUCCGCUACUUCCACUUUUACGAUAAAAAAUGUCAAUGUAAGCAUCUUUAUUAGAGUUACGUACGAUGCAUUUUGCUGAGUUAUACAUUUAUGCACACUAUGGGUGCUAUUUUUCAUGUGUUAUAUUAACACAUUUUAUUAUAGUUAUUAUUUUACUAUAAAUAUUUCCUUUUAUAUAUUUUGUUUACAAUACUGUUGUGAAGUGUUUGCUUCAAGAAUUCUUUUUAUUUUUUUUCUCUAAUUAUUGAGAAAUGUGUUUAAUAUAUUUAAAAUAAUGUUUAUUUUAAUAUUUUUGUGAAGUUUUCUGUUUGGAAGUACGCAUAUUUUGUAUAAAAAAUAUACAAUUGAAUGAAAUGGUAAUGUCGGAGAAAUUUGUAAUGGUAGUGCAACAGAAUGAAUCAAAUGAUAAAAAAUGGUAAUGAAAAUAAUUUUACAAUGCAUAUUUUUAUAUUUUUAAAUGUUUUUUGCUAUAAUUUUUUUUUAUGUUUAUAAAAUGUUUGAGUGUAAUUUUUUUUGUGUGAACUUUGCAGUUGAAUGAUGAUGUAGGAAUGUUUGAGACAUUUGUAGUUGUAUAAUGGUAUGAUUUAUGUGUAGUCGUCACUGAUAUAACGUUGUAUGUUAGUAUUUCGCAGGAAUGAUGAUGUAAUUAAUUUGUAUUAAUAAAAUUAUUUUUUUACUUA